AGACACCAACACAUCCACACUGGAGAAAAACCAUAUGGAUGUAACCAGUGUGGAAAUGCUUUCACCACAGCAAGUUACCUCAUAAUCCACCAACGCACCCACACUGGAGAAAAACCAUAUGAGUGUAACCAGUGUGGAAAUGCUUUCACCAGAGCAAGUUACCUAAAAAUCCACCAACGCACCCACACUGGAGAAAGACCAUAUGAGUGUGACCAGUGUGGAAAGCGUUUCACCCAAAUGAAUGUGCUUAAAGGUCACCAACACAUCCACACUGGAGAAAAACCAUAUGAAUGUGACCAGUGUGGAAAUGCUUUCACCACAGUAGGUUACCUAAAAAUCCACCAACGCAUCCACACUGGAGAAAAACCAUAUGAGUGUGACCAGUGUGGAAAUGCUUUCACGACAGUAAGUUACCUAAAAAUCCACCAACGCACCCACACUGGAGAAAGACCAUAUGAGUGUGACCAGUGUGGAAAGCGUUUCACUCAAAUGAAUGUGCUUAAACGUCACCAACACAUUCACACUGGAGAAAAACCAUAUGAAUGUGACCAGUGUGGAAAUGGUUUCACCACAGCAAGUGACCUAAAAAUCCACCAACGCAUCCACACUGGAGAAAAACCAUAUGCGUGUGACCAGUGUGGAAAUGCUUUCACGACAGUAAGUUACCUAAAAAUCCACCAACGCACCCACACUGGAGAAAGACCAUAUGAGUGUGACCAGUGUGGAAAGAGAUUCACCCAAAGGAAUGUGCUUAAAGAUCACCAACGCAUCCACACUGGCGAAAGACCAUAUAACUGUGACCAGUGUGGAAAUGCUUUCACCACAAGUUUCACCCAAAUGAAUGUGCUUAAACGUCACCAACACAUUCACACUGGAGAAAAACCAUAUAACUGUGGCCAGUGUGGGAAUGCUUUCACGACAGCAAGUAAUCUAAAACAACACCAACGCAUCCACACUGGAGAAAAACCAUAUGCCUGUGCCCAAUGCGGAAAGAGUUUCACCCGACCCUCCCACCUAAAAAAACACCAAUGCAUCCACACUGGAGAAAGACCAUAUGAGUGUGACCAGUGUGGAAAUGCUUUCACCACAGCAAGUGAACUAAAAAUUCAUCAAUACAUCCACACUGGAGAAAAACCAUAUGCCUGUGAUCAGUGCAGAAAGAAUUUCACCCACAUGAAUGGGCUUAAACGUCACCAACGCAUUCACACUGGAGAAAGACCAUAUAACUGUGACCAGUGUGGAAAUGCUUUCACCACAGCAAGUCACCUGAAAAUCCACCAACGCAUCCACACUGGAGAAAGACCAUAUGACUGUGACCUAUGUGGAAAGGCUUUCACCACAGCAAGUAACCUAAAAAUGCACCAACGCAUUCACUCUGGAGAAAGACCAUAUGAGUGUGACCUGUGUGGAAAUUCUUUCACUGCAGCAGGUUACCUAAAAAUCCACCAACACAUUCACACUGGAGAAAGACCAUAUGAGUGUGACCAGUGUGGAAAUGCUUUCACAACAGCAAGUGAGCUAAAAAGACACCAACGCAUCCACACUGGAGAAAGACCAUAUGAGUGUGAUCAAUGUGGAAAGAGUUUCACCCAAAUGAGUGGGCUUAAAACUCACCAACGUAUCCACACUGGAGAAAAACCAUAUGAGUGUGGCCAGUGUGGAAAUGCUUUCACCACAGCAAGUUCCCUAAAAGUCCACCAACGCAUCCACACUGGAGAAAGACCAUAUGAGUGUGACCAGUGUGGAAAUGCUUUCACCACAGCAAGUUCCCUAAAAAUCCACCAACGCAGCCACACUGGAGAAAGACCAUAUGGGUGUGACCAGUGUGGAAAUGCUUUCACCACAGCAAGUGACCUAAAAGUCCACAAACGCAUCCACUCUGGAGAAAGACCAUAUGAGUGUGACCAGUGUGGGAAGACUUACAGAUUCCUAUCUGCUUUACAUACUCACCGCCAUGUUCACCACACAAAGUUGAUGUAUCCCUGUGAUAGGUGCACAAAGAUAUUCUGGUCCUCUUCCUCUUACAGGUGUCACCAACAGACCCAUAUUGGAGAGAAUCCUACUCAGUGCAGGUUCUGUGACAGAUCUUUUGUCACAGGUUCACAAUGUACCAAACAUGAACGUGUCAAACAUUUCCACAAAAGACAAAAACUGAACAGUUGUACAAGAAGUCAGACUCUAGACAAUCAAUGUCAUAACACACCAGAACAGCUGGUGUGUUAUCAGUGUCCAAACAGAUUGUGGUCAUCCUCUGCUCUCUUUCAUCAUCAGUUCAGAUGUGAAUCAUCAACGUCUGGACCAAACAGUACCUCAGUGUCAGAUGAGAAGAAGAAAACAGUGUGUGUGAACCAGCAGCACCCACUUCUUCUGACAAGAACAUCAGACUUCAAAACCUCCAGAUCAGACUUCACAGAAUCCAGAAGUGAAGACAAACACCAGACUGAAAGCUGUGUUUUGUUGUCUUCAGAGUACAGAAGUGUGUUCUAAUGCACCACUCUGUAGCAGGAAGCAGGAGGUGACAUCACUGGUAAGGCGGGGGAAGGGAAGGAUAGAAAUCAGACCCACCUGAGAGCUGUGUGGUGGAGGGAAACUCAAACAAAGGAGAGACUGGAAGGAGGUCUGAUCGACAGAAGAAGUGACAACAACAAGGAAAGGAGGAAAAGACUGAAUGUGACCUCAAGUGAGGAAUCUGGAAGUGGAUUGGUGUGGACCCAGGACUCUUGAGAGGAGAAUGCAAAGCCCUGGAGCAGGUGGACCUGGUCCUGCUCAGACUAUGGUUGCUCUCUCUCCGGGUCAGAGGACACCCGACGGCUCCCCUGGAGCCCAAACUAUCCUGGGUUCUCCCCUGAGCAUAUAUCUGUUCUCUCUCUCUCUGUCUCUCUCUCUUUCUCUUUCUUUCUCAUUGUACUGCUUAUUACCCCGACUUCUGUGGGAGAAACCAGGUGGAACCAAUUUAUAAAUGAGGUGCGCCCUCCUGGACCCUUUAAAAUGUUAUUGGGUACUAGGAGCUGAGAGGACGCCAUGCCAGCGGCAGUAAGAGGAGUUUGUUACAGCAUGGAUACCAUCAGAGAAGAAUCAUCAGUGUGAAAGACUCACUGAGACUCUGGAGAGACAGGCGGUAAGCGCUCAGACUUUGCUGUGAACGGACUAUUACAACUGUAAUCUAAUUGUUAGCUGAACUGAACGGCUUUCUAUGAACUUUUGUGUUCAUAAGGUGUGUUCUUCUCUUAAAGUUGUUGAAUGGCGCCAUCUAUGGGCGCCCUGUAUGUACUGUUAUCAUUCUGUUUGGCCACGCCAUUGAAGUUAUGUGCAGCUUUCAUUCUGGUCGAUAAAUCUGGGCAGAUAUACAUCUGUAA